UCUUCUUUUCAAACAUUCCUCUCCCACUCCACUUUUCUCUCUCCUCUGCCCCCUUUUCACUCACUCUGCCACCAAUAUAUCUCCCUUCCUCUCUCAUCAGCAACCGUUCACACAACUCCCAAUUCUCUCUCUCUCUCUCUCUCUCUCAUGAAUAAAAUGGCUGAUGAUGACGGUGUGGAAGGAGCAGGUUACUGGCUUCCCUCUGAGUUUCUCACAGACGACGAUUUCGUCACCAACAAAGAGAAUUCCGACUCCAAACGCUUCCCCACUCACUACUUCCCCUGCAAUUUUCAAACUCAGUCGAACAACGGGAGACAAUACGGCGCCGUUGGAGAUCUCGCUCUCGCCGCCGGUGAAGUCACGAAGCUGAAGCUGAACCCCUCCCCGCCGCCGGAACUCUACCGGAAUAGAUCGGUGGCCAAAACGAGGAGCCUCCUUCCUCCUCAGGUUGAAAACGCUUCUCCAAGGGCAGUGAGAGGAGGAGGAGGAAUGUGGCAUGUCGGGUGGGCCCCACACCGAGGAAGGGCGGCUACAAAGGCGUGCGCUGGAACGGGAGUGUUUUUGCCUCGCCCAUACGACAUCACUGCCGUCAAAUCUCAUUCGUCUGCAGGCCCUCGCCGGAGACUAGCUUCUCCCUUUCAAGGUACAGAAACAGCUCACAUCCCCACCAAGCCUUUACUGUCUCAUUUCGUCGAGCAAACCCAGCCUCUGCCUCAGCCCAAGAUCAGCGGAGGCUUCACCUCGGAUCAUUAUUCUGCAGUGGCUCGAAGGCGCGACUUGGUGCUGCUGCUACUUCAGCAACGCAGCCAGAGGUUUCAGACUCCGGUGGCGGAAGGGUCACAGAUGAUUGGCUGCGACCAUGGGCGCCUCCCGGUGGAGUGGACUUACUGAUGGAUGUUACUAGUUUUUGCUUUUGGUUUUUUACCAAGUAUAAUAUGAUGAUGAUCAAGUGUGUGUAAAGUAGGUAAUAAGAAGAUUAUAAAAUGGGAGGUGGUGUUGGUUUGGUUGGUUUCUUAAAUACAGCAACAUUUUUUUGUGGACAAGGCCAUUUGUUUGUUUAGGUUGUGGUUAAUGUCAUAUGUAUAUUUCUGGCAUUUUGUACGUAUGGGAUUAAAUUCAGACCCCUCUACAUGUAUUAAUGGUGUUGUACUUCAAGUAAACAAGAAGUUUUGAAUAUAAACAGAAUUAUUGAAUUCAUAA